UUGUUCUCCAACUCUCUCUCUCUUCCCACACGCGGCUAUGUGAAACUGUGAAAUUGUGAUUGAUUAUCUUUCACUUUCACACCACCUUCUUCUUCUUCUUAAGGGUUCCCAUUCAAUUUAUAUUUCUUUCACUUCAUGGAAACGUAAAACUCUUCUCUCUCUUCAUCUUUCUCUGUUCCUCACAAUUCACUACCCCCUACAAAUAUAUUCAAGGUCCCAUUUUUCUCAUCUGGGUCAUCAACUUAAUCAUCUCUCUCUUGUUCUCUAUCCAAUUAAUUGCUUUUCCCUCUGAGUUUCUCUCCACCUUGUUGUUGUUGCAACUUGAUUUCAUGGUUGCAAAAUGAAGUGUUUCUUCUUUAAGGAGAAGAGCAAAUCCGCCCCGGAACUGCACAAGAAGAAAACCCCCGCCGUGAACCGCGCCGCAAACUCCACCGGCUCAGUGUCUUCACCGAAGAGCGUGAAGGACUUGUACAGAGAGAAAGAGCACAGCUUCAGAGUUUUCACUUUGCAGGAGCUGAGAGAUGCCACCAACGGUUUCAAUAGGAUGCUCAAGCUUGGAGAAGGGGGUUUCGGGAGUGUGUAUAAAGGAUCCAUUGCGCAACUUGAUGGCCAAGGUGAUCCAAUUCCAGUUGCUAUCAAAAGGCUCAACACUCGUGGCUUCCAGGGUCAUAAAGAAUGGCUUGCUGAGGUUCAAUUUCUCGGCAUUGUUAAUCACCCAAAUUUGGUUAAACUUUUGGGAUACUGCUCUGUGGAUGGAGAAAGAGGAAUCCAACGGCUGUUAGUGUAUGAGUUCAUGCCCAACAGGAGCUUGGAGGAUCACCUUUUCAACAAAAAAUUGCCAACCCUGCCUUGGAAAACAAGAUUGGAGAUCAUGCUUGGUGCUGCACAAGGAUUAGCUUAUCUACAUGAGGGACUGGAAAUUCAGGUGAUCUACCGAGAUUUCAAAUCUUCAAACGUUCUAUUAGAUGCGGAUUUCCACCCAAAGCUCUCAGAUUUCGGUCUAGCUAGAGAAGGACCUCAGGGUGAUCAGACUCAUGUAUCUACUGCGGUAGUUGGAACACAGGGUUAUGCUGCACCAGAGUACAUUGAAACGGGCCACCUGAAAGUUCAGAGUGACAUGUGGAGUUUUGGUGUAGUACUAUAUGAGAUCCUCACAGGAAGGAGGUCAUUGGAAAGAAACCGUCCCACAGCAGAACAAAAGCUUCUAGAUUGGGUCAAACAAUACCCUGCUGACACCAGCCGAUUCGUCAUCAUAAUGGACCCUCGUCUCAGAAACCAGUAUUCUCUUCCUGCAGCUCGCAAAAUAGCCAAGUUGGCUGAUAGCUGCUUGAAGAAGAAUCCAGAAGAUAGACCCUCCAUGAGUCAGAUAGUGGAAUCCUUGAAUCAAGCAUUGCAAUAUUCAGACACUUCUCUAGACAUUGCUGAAUCCUCCUCCUCCUCCUCAUCUCGGUCUAAAUUGGUCCGAAAAAAGUAAAUAUUGAGUUCUUAUUUUUGAAGGACUUUUGGGAAAUUUAGCAGUUUAAGGCAUAAGUUGAUGAGAUCAUCUAUGUAUUCCAUUGAGGUAGUUUUCUGGUCAAUCUUGGAAGUCAGUUUUGAGGAUUUUACUUGUUUGUUUGGCCUAGUUCAAACAAAACCAAGUCAUUUAUUUUGUCAACUGUUGGCUUUUAAUACAGUUUAGAUGUCAUUGUAGAAAAUUAUUCUUUACUUCUAAGUUAAAUUAUUCAACUAUUGGCCAUUCCCAUAAGGAA